UGACAAGCUAAGCGCAUGCGUUCAAUUUGUUGAAUCUAAAAUGUCGCUACAGAAUCGUAAGAAGAAUCUAUCAGUCUUUUGUCAGCGUUGUCAUGGGGAUAGUCGACCGACCACAUAAACAAACCGAAUGCAUACACAAAAUAAACAAAAUCAAACAAAACAUAAACAAAAUCAAACAACCAAAACAUCGCACCGUACCCUGCGUAAAAUGCUUUUGCAAGCUAAGUUGAAAACGUUCCGAUGUAUACAACGAUGGUAUUCCUCCAGCAGGGCCACAAUAUUUGGAUUAUCUUCAGGUACCGGAAAAUGUGGUGUCGCAGUUCUUCGGUUGUCAGGUGAUGCUUGCCGGGAUGUGCUGCGGUGUAAACUCAAACAUGCCAAAGCUCUUGAGCCUCGGAUGGCUGUUCUUCGUAAGAUAUACCACUCCAGGACGGCGGAGAUGAUUGAUAAAGGCUUGGUCCUGUGGUUUCCAGGUCCCAACAGUUUCACAGGAGAAGAUUCGGUGGAGUUUCAUGUCCAUGGUGGGGUAGCUGUCGUGAGUGCCAUGUACGACAGUUUGGAGUCCAUAGAGGGUGUACGUUUGGCUGAACCGGGAGAAUUCACGAAGCGAGCGUUCUAUGCAGGUAAAGUGGACCUAACCGAGGUGGAAGGUAUAGCAGACCUGAUCGAUGCCGAAACCGAAGCUCAACGGAAACAAGCGAUGCUUCAGGCCAAUGGUGAGUUAUCUAAGAUCUACAACCAGUUCAGGAGUCGACUACUGAAAUGUAUCGCCGGCGUGGAGGCUUACAUUGAUUUCGCCGAAGACCAGGAUGUAGACGAUGGAGUACUUGAUUCGGUGAGAUCGGAUGUUAUCAAAAUAAUCGCCGAUAUUAGAGUUCAUCUGAACGACUUCAGGCGCGGAGAAAGGCUUAGAUCCGGAGUUCGAACAGUUAUCGUCGGAGCUCCCAACGUCGGAAAAAGCAGUUUCGUCAAUACGCUCAGUAAUCGGAAGGUUUCUAUCGUAACGAAUGUCGCGGGAACAACAAGAGACAUAAUAGAAAGUCAUCAUGAUAUAGGUGGAUACCCGGUGAUAUUGGCUGAUACGGCAGGAUUAAGGCUGAAUACGAGCGAUAUUAUUGAGCAGGAGGGUAUAUUGAGAGCCAAAGACUAUUUGAAAGAAGCCGAUCUUAUCAUUUUGGUUAUCGAUGCUGAAAAUGUGCAAAAUUAUCUCAACGUUGCUGAUAGACGAUUUGACAAUUAUAUUGAUCACUAUGUUUCUUCGCUUGGUUUCAACAAAAGCAUUCUUCGAGAUUCCUGUCUAUUGAGGGUAGUGAACAAAGUGGAUUUAUUGAACAAUGAAACAAAAGCAGUCCUUAGACAAGAUGAAAGUCUAAGCUUUCUGUCAUGCCAAACGGGAGAAGGCCUACAGGAUGUUCUGGCACAAUUAACAGAAAACCUCAAACAACUGUGUGGAAAUCCAAGCAAAGAAGCCCCGAACAUUAGUCAGCAGAGAUAUCGGCAUCACUUGAAAGCAUGCAUCGUUUAUUUGGAGAAGUAUGAUACGUAUUUAAAUCAAGGGUCGAGCCCAGAUUUGGCCAUUGCCACCCAGCAUCUUCGAAAUGCAGUGAGGUGCAUUGGUAAAAUAACGGGAACCAUUGAAACGGAGGAAAUCCUAGAUGUAAUAUUUAAAAGUUUUUGUAUCGGUAAAUAAAUGAUAUAGUUAUGAAAGUUUAA